CACUGGGAAUUCGCUGUUAAAUCGAGAACUUGACGAGGGCUAGCCGUCGAGCAAGUUAUUUUGACCGAUCUCCGGCACGGAGCUUCCGACGAGAGGCGGAAAAUUCGAUACUCGAAGAGGAAACUUUGCGAUGAAAGGCCGCCGCCACCACUGCCUCCGCCGUCUCCUUGUGAUUUUAUCAUCCCUUCUUGUUAUAUCGAAUCUGUUAACUGCUGAAGCUGAAGUCAUAACCCUGACACCUGAUACCUUCAAUGACAAGAUAAAGGAGAAGGACACAGCAUGGUUUGUUCAAUUUUGUGUGCCUUGGUGUAAACACUGUAAAAAUUUGGGCUCAUUGUGGGAGGACUUGGGGAAAGCAAUGGAAGGGGAGGAUGAGAUAGAGAUUGGACAAGUUGAUUGUGGUACAAGUAAACCAGUAUGUCAGAAAGUUGAUAUUCACUCUUAUCCUACAUUCAAGCUCUUUUACAAUGGAGAAGAAUUUGCAAAGUACCAAGGGCCAAGAAAUGUGGAGUCGCUUAAAAAAUUUGUUCUCCUAGAAGCAGAGAAGGCAGCAACAAAAGCGGAUCUGGAGAGUGAGAAUGAAUUGUGAUUUGUUCCCAGCCGUAAAUUCCAACAGUAGUUUGACAUUCAAUGUGCCGAUCCAUCAUCUCACAGUGCUGAUACUCCAGCGGAGUGCAAUAGGUCAUCAGCCCUUGACUGAAAAGCUGGGUAACAGGGAGAUCUGUCCCCGAAUGGUUGUCAAAUUAUUGAAUUUGGGAAGAAUGCUACGUUGUUUUUGUUCAAUAUCUGGAUGUUUAUUUGGGGUAAACUAAACUUAUAGAACCAUUAUGUAGCAAAUCACAUCCUAGUUUCUCCAAUGGCACUUUUUUAUGUCAAAUUUAUUUUGCUUGGAACACUGAGCAUAGAUAUUUUGGCAAUCUAUGAUCAAUGAGGUUUCUUUGUUGGUA